ACCUUCAAAAUGAAUAGUGUAGUAAAAGAUGCUAAAUAAGUCGUACGUUUUCAUUAACAUUAAAACCCUAUCUUGAUCAUUGAAAUGGUGAGAAGGAUAUCAAUGUGAAGUGCGGCAAAUCUAUCUUCUAUUAGAAAGCAAAAUCUAAUGACUUCUCGGGGAAAAUCGGCCGACAUUUGUGCUGAUUGUAGUGCGCUUAAUCCAUCAUGGGCCUCGAUAAAUCGUGGGGUUUUUAUUUGCAAUGAUUGCUGUGGAGUACAUCGCAGUUUAGGUCGACAUAUCAGUCAAGUUCGUCAUCGAAAACAUGGAAAUUGGGCACCAUCUCUGUUAAAAAUGGUCAAUACGCUUGUGGCAAAUGGAUCAAAUUCAAUAUGGGAACAUUCAUUGCUUGAUCCUAACCAAAUCAAGAGUGGAGUACGCAAACCAAAUCCUAAAGACACUGUCAUACCCACAAAAGCAAAUUUCAUCCGAGCUAAAUAUCAAACACUUUCAUUUGUCCAUCGAAUGCCUGGCCGUGAUGAUGAUGAAGCCUUUACAGCCGACCUUAGUCAGCAACUUCAUUCAAGUGUUCGAACCGGUAAUUUAGAAACUUCUUUGAGGCUUUUAUCGUUGGGUGCCCAACCAAAUUAUUUCUUUCAGGAAAAAGGAAACUAUCCACUUCAUAUAGCUGCCAACUCUGGACAACUGCUACAAGUUGAGUUGCUCUGUGUUCAUGGUGCUGACCCAUCAUUACUUGACUGUGAGGGAAAGGCUCCACUUGAUUAUGCCUUGGAUGCUGGUCACAUGACAGUGGUUGAAAGACUCAUUAACAUACAGUGUGAAGUUACAGACAGGCUUACAUAUUACUUGUGUGGAAGAAAACCAGAUCACAAAGAUGGACACAAAUUUUUCAUUCCUGCCAUGGCAAACAGUUCUCUGGAUUUAUCAGAAAAUGCCAAACUUGCCAAACAAAAGUUACAAUUGCUUAGUAAUCAUCUUUUCGAGGAACUUUCGUCUGAUGUGUAUGAUGAAGUUGACAGGCGAGAAACUGAUGCUACUUGGAUAGCGACCCAGAACCAUAGCGAUCUUGUCAACGAUCGUACGGCCGUUCCAUUUCUACCUGUAAAUCCAAGCUACUCGUCUACAAGAAACCAAGGAAGACAGAAACUCGCCCUUUUUAACGCCCAGGAAUUCUCGACACUUGUUCUGGACAUAAUUAUUGAUGCAAGGCGGAGAGAAAUGGGAUCGCAACUUUUCUUAGAUGAUGAUGAUCUCGGAAAUGAGUUGGAGGGAGACGGCCAUGACUAUGACGAAGUCGCUAGCGAUGAUGGAAUACUCGAGCCAAUCAAUGAGUCCGAACCAGUCAAGGAGAAACAUAAAGACAAAGAUGUCGAUGCAGAGGAAGUUCGCAAAACAGAAAUUGCUGAGGAAAAAAAAGAUUCCCGAACGUUUAAGACGGAAAUACCUAAACCUAGCGAAGAAUAUAAGGACUUCGUGCCGAUUGCGCAGUACAAGAAAUUACAGAAAUCAUUUUUCGAGUCACAGGAAAGAGUGAAUGAGCUAUCACGCGAGAAGGAAGACUUGCAAAACGAGGUCAAUGUAUUAAAGGCAGUAGUACAAACCUUAAAAGAAGAGAUUUCAAAUCAAGACGUUUUCUCGUCACAACAUCGCCACUCCAUGUUUGGAAUUCAACACGUCAGUGAUGACAUGAUCACAACUAACGGUCAUGAAAGCAAAGUUGGAGAUGACGAGGACUCCGAGGAUGACAUGGUCGAACUAAGCGAAAUUAAAAGUUACGAAUCGCCCAGAGCCUUGCUGGAAAAACCUCGCGAAAAGGCUGACUCCGAUUCGUCAGCGAAGUGUUACGAUAAUCUGCCGACAACACCUCCGAAAUCUGUAGAUAGUGAAACUUCCAUUCAAGGAGAAGAAGAAAAACCACUAUUGGAUUCUGAAGACUUUUCGAAGGAAGAGUUAGAAAAGGAAGCCACACGGAUCAUGAUUGAAGCAGAUAGUCUGAUAAACUUGUCUCAACCGCGACUCACGAAAGAAGAAGUCGUUUUAUGUACAGAACAAAUAACGAAACGCAUACAGGAAUUGCUACUUGCAGCUCAGGCGGGCAAACACAACAGUUUUAUACCAUGCUCGAACAAUAUCUUAUUCGCGGUCAAGAAUAUGACGUCAUUAUUUCCCGAGAAUCCUCCAAUGAUUGCUGUUCAAGCAGCGCUGGAUCUUAUGAAUCGUAGCACGGUACGACUUGAAGUUGAAUGUAAAAACACGGUUUUACCAGAGAACUCUAUUGACAUGGCGCAACUUACGCAACAAGUGAUUCAAUGCGCCUACGAUAUCGCAAAGGCCGCAAAAGAACUGGUAACUACAAUAGCCUACUGAAUUGAUACACGAUGAAACUUCUUCACAAGUUUUAUGUCGUGACAGGGGAUGGAAAUAUGGACUAGGAAGAAUAUAUCUCGAUCAAUCGAUGAUAGUUGAAAUUCUUGCGUUUUCCAUUAUAGAAGUUUGAUUUGUCAAACGCCCCGCAUUAACUUUCCAAGCUGGAAAUUUGCGAUAGUAUUUCAUUUUGAUAUUGGCUUAAAUUAACUUUUAACUUUCUGACAUUACUCUCGUAAUUCAUUGGUGAUUCAUAUGUAAAAUAUACGAGGUAGACGACAUUUUUCAACCAGCGGUCUUCUGUGCUGGUUAUCUAAGUGCGUUUAUACAAUAUAACUCACGCUGUUAAUAUAUAGCUCGUUUCCAGUUAAGAUCAAUGGGGGGAAAAAUUCUGGUCUAUUUCAAAUGUUCUUUAAACUAGUGCUCAUCAGAUCGUAUGAUUGAAAUGUACAUAAAAUUUCGAACGUUAUAUUUUUUAUUAAGUAAACGAACGGUGGUUAAAUAGUUAA